AUGGGUAGUGCUGGAUCAAAACAUCGAGCACGACGUGAUCAAGAUUGGUUGAUACAAACAUUAGAUGAUCAUGAAAGUGGAAUUAAUUGUAUGGCAUUAAGUAAUGAUAGUACAGUACUUGCAACAGGUUCGGAUGAUCAUACUAUACGUUUAUGGAGUACGAAAACAACACCUAUUGAAUGUCUUAAUAUACUUUCUGGUCAUACUGAUUAUAUAACACAUAUUGUUAUGUAUGAAAAUUAUUUAAUUAGUGCAAGUGCUGAUCAAACAAUAAGAAAAUGGGAUAUGACUAAUGGACAAUGCAUACUUAUUUGUACUGGUCAUACAUCAUUAGUUAAUCGAGUAAUUUGUAUUGGUGAUUAUCUUCUUUCAACAUCCUAUGAUCGUACAGCAUGUUGUUGGGAUUUUUAUACAGGUGAUUGUUUACGUAUAUUUCGUGGUCAUCAUCAUGGUAUAUUACCAAUUGUAUUUAUUCCAUCAAAUCAUGAUACAAUUGAAACUGAUUUUGAAGAUGAAAUGAAUAUUUAUACAAAAGAUAUUGUUAUAACUGGAUCACAAGAUACAACAGCUAAAAUAUGGUCAUUUGAAACUGGUGAAUGUUUAAAAACAUUAGAAGGUCAUAUUGGAGCUGUACUUUGUUUGAUAACAGAUACACAAGGUAAAUUAUUAUUUACUGGUUCAGGUGAUGGUACAAUACGAGUUUGGAAUAUAAAUCGUGGUAUUGAAUUACGUGUUUAUGAUCAACAUCAUGCAGCAGUUAUUAAUCUUCUUAUAACUAAUAAAUUACUCUAUUCAAUAAGUGCUGAUCAUACAGCACGUUGUUGGGUUAUUGAUGUUGGUGAUUGUACAAGAAUAUAUAAAGGACAUCAUCAUUCAGUUUCAUGUAUUCAAGUUGAACAUGGUCUUGUUUUUACUGGUUGUGGUGAUGCAAUUGUACGAUGUUUUGAAGCACGUUCAGGUAUGAUCAAACGAACUUUUAAAUCUCAUGCACUUGCUGUCAAUUGUAUACAGAUUGUUGAUAAUCGAUUAUUUAGUGGAUCAGUUGAUGGUUCAAUAAAAGUAUGGGAUAUAAGUGAUCUUAAAGGAGAUACUAUUCAAAAUUCUAAAACAAUAGUUAAAUCAAAAACGAUAAAUUUUGAUCGAACUAGUAAAGAAAAUCGAUCAGAUAUCAAUUCAGGUAUUGAUGAUCGUGAAUAUCGUGAACGACGUGCACAAAAUAUGGUGUGA